GAUAAUUUUGAUUCCUGUCAACCGAGCGAAUGGAAGUCUACGUGUGGUACUCGUUUGUGCUUAUUGAAGAAGAGUGAAAAACAAUUAACUCGAUUAAUCUGAUACGGGUGAAUUACUCUCCUCUCCAUUCGCUUCAUUUUGAUGAAGGAUUCACAACUAAUUGAAUGCUUUCCGUGCAAAGUGCGUUGCAUUCGUGUCCUUGUAUUUUGCUAUCUAUUUGACAUACACACCCAUUAAGUUGGUUCCGUUUUUAUUAGAAUCAAUUUCUUACAACAAUGCAGGCUAUAAAAUGUGUGGUUGUAGGCGAUGGUGCCGUAGGUAAAACAUGUUUGUUGAUAAGCUACACAACAAACGCCUUCCCCGGCGAAUACAUCCCCACCGUUUUCGACAAUUACUCGGCCAAUGUGAUGGUGGAUGGGAAACCCAUAAACCUCGGCCUAUGGGAUACUGCGGGUCAGGAAGAUUACGACAGGUUGAGACCUCUGUCUUACCCCCAGACUGACGUCUUCUUGAUAUGUUUUUCUUUGGUGAAUCCAGCCUCCUUCGAAAACGUACGGGCAAAGUGGUAUCCAGAAGUCAGACACCACUGCCCUAACACUCCCAUCAUCCUAGUAGGUACCAAGCUUGAUCUGCGCGACGAUCGUACCACAAUUGAGAAACUCAAAGACAAGAAGUUGGCCCCUGUUACAUAUCCACAGGGUUUGUCAAUGGCCAAAGAAAUCAGCGCCGUGAAGUACUUAGAAUGUUCUGCUUUGACCCAAAAAGGAUUGAAGACCGUGUUCGAUGAAGCUAUCAGGGCAGUGCUAUGUCCUGUGAUGCAGGUCAAACCCAAGAGGAAAUGUACAAUAUUGUAAUACAAGAAACAUCAAAUAUAAUGCAGAAUCAAAGCAUAAAUAAUACCAUGUCAUUUUCAAUCAUUUCCAUUUCAAAUGAAUGUCGGUGAAUGACUCGCCCUUUUGUAAGCUGGCGUCGUAACUAUGUUGUUAUAUUGAACAUAAUCUGAAGAUUGUCCAUCUAUGUUUAUCCUGUCACGUUGAAACUUGGAAAAGUACUUUUGGAUGUUAGGGAUUCGUCCUUAGUAUUUUACAUAUUUAUUUUCUUUCCGCUAACUAAUCUACAUAAUUAUUGGUUUCCAAGAUUCUCUGGAAGAUUUUCGUCUUAUGUUCAAUAUGAGUCGAUGACAUUAUGUACAGUAUUACUACCUAUUUUUAAACUACCCUUUGUGAUAAAACUCAACUUGCCAAAGUGUUUUCGUACCGUACUUUUGAGAGAUUUUUGUAGACGCCAGCAAGACAAACGGUGUUUGAAUCUAGGUUGUAUUAUCUUAGUUUUCGUUUCGCCAAUAAUCAUGAACACAUUAUGUAUUUUCGAUUUCCUUAUUUCAGUCAGCGUCGCCUAAGAUCGAUUCUAAUGUCUGUGCAAUAUUUGACAUUUUAAGAUUUUAUCAUGAAAAUCUCGUGUACGAGGAACAAUGUACACGUUGAAAAAUGACUAAAAAUAUAGUUUAUUACCUUAAGUUUUGAAUGUAUAGUAGAAAUUUAUUUAGUUUUUGGAAAACUACACUGUUUGGUUACCCUCGAAAAUAACGCUUCAAUAAUUCGAUUUUUAAUAGAUUAUGCAAAACAUUUUGGUUCUCUUGGUGACGGCACUUUUCAUUCACUAUAAAAUAGCAUAAAAGAUCAUCUUGUUGUGCAAGGGAGACUUUGUUCAAGUUAAAUUCUUGUGAAAAGGGAUUAUCGAGUGAAUUCUGAAUCAUUUUCAACGCACAAUAGCUGCACAAACCGAGACCUACAACUCGAUUCAGAACCAAAAUGUUGAUAUCCCGCAUUUCAUUUACAGCUGUCCUCCGUUUUGAUUUCUUGAAAACUUGGCGGUUUUUGACGGCUCAGCGGGCUCUAAAUUCUCUUUUACUUCGUUCAGUCUGUUGAAACAAGGGAUUUUGUCAUGAUUAAGUGUCUUCUACACGAAUAUGUCCCUAAGGUGCUUAUUACUUUUGAAUUUUAGCCCCGUGCUUUCUUUUACGCGAACUUAAUCAUCGUAGUGCUGCAGGCAUAGAGCGGUAAUAAUUUUUUUGUAAUGCUCUUGUCGUCUUGCAUUAUUCAGAACUAACUCCUUUCGUUUCCAAGUAGGCUUUGGGAAUUUUGACAGAUGACGUUUCGUAUUUAACGUCAACUGCCAAAAUUUCGUAGCCUACUCGACUACGGAUUUUUUUUGAAUGUUUUAAAUUACCAUGCAAGUGGUCAAAAAUCGCUUGAUGUCAUCGUUGCUAGACUGUUGGAUGUCAGUAAUCAAUUGUUGAAAAUUAUCUGGGGAGCGGUGAUGUACAUACAUGAGUAUCACAUGAGUAUGAGUGAAUUUUGGUAGUUUUAUAUGAACGGUUACAAUAAUUUUAAGUAUUACUUGUUCAACAUUUAUAAAGAACUAUUUGUAAAUAAUUGAGAAUUUUCGACAUUAUGUUAGUCGUUUUGCAUUUUAAAUUUUAUUAAAGUUCUACUUCUAAUUAGUAAUGAUAUGAGGAAUACAUGUAAUUGUAUAGUAUCUGUUCUAUUUUUGUAAUUUGCUUAAAUUGCUGACAAUUACGGAACAACUUGAUUGGAAAAUUUUUGGUAAUGAAUAUCUGUGUGAUUAUGUUAACAGCAAUGUAUGUAUUUUGUAAAUACUAAAGAUAAUAGGAACCAAUAUAGGAUUUAUAUAAUGAA